AUGUUCUCUCCUCUUUCGGAUAUCACCAAUGUUCAAACCACGUUUGCUGGUAAAUACGUGAAGGCCAAUUCCACUACUACUUCAGGAACAGUUGCGAUCAAACGCCAUGAUCCCUAUGGUUGGAAAUGUCUCGAAGAUACCACAGCAGCUUUAUUUGCGGCACUUCUUUCUGAGGGAGUGAAUACUAUAAGGAUUCCUGCCACACAAGAACUUUUUGCAGAAAGGGAUGAGGCUCCACCGACCCCAACUAUGCCUCCUGUUUGUAAUGCGCUUGUACAAUUUAAGUGUCAUCAAAAGGAGUUUUCGUCUCCUUUUCUUGCCGCCAAGGGUCAAUAUGUUGUGGUGCAAGGUGACAGGGGGAUCGAUAUUGGGGUUGUUAUCCGUGUAAAUACUGAGAGUUGCAAGACGUAUGUGGAACGCUCUGGACCAACGGGAAGUAUUCUCCGCCAUGCAACACAGCGAGAGGUGGAUUACUGGGCUACUGACCUCAAGGAAGACGAGGCUGUUGCAGUGUCUUUUUGUCAACAACGCGUUUAUCGUCACGGGUUUGAUAUGGAGAUACGUCACGCCGAGUAUCAAUUUGAUAAGAAGAAGCUCACUUUCUAUUAUUCCGCUAAAUCGCGAAUUGAUUUUGUGCAACUGCUGAAAGAGCUCUACCGGGAGUUCGGUUGCCGUAUCUGGAUGGAGAAGGUGCGGAUACAAGAUUAG